CCACCUUUUCCGGCCACAGAAGGGAUGUUCAUGAUAGGUUGCAGCAGAUGCAACUUAUGAUUCCUACUCCAAAUGAACAUUGAACACAGUUCGUAGUAAUCGAUUAAAAUUUCCACUAUCAUGAAAAAACAUUUCAGAACAAGUCACGGCUUUUGUCUUCCAACUUCUAGGAAAGUUAUUUGGAAGAAACUCUGUGUAGUGUGUAAUUCACCAGGGCCCGAUCAAUCAUGCCAAAAUUUUGAGAAAAUCAUACAGUUUAGAUAUGUGCAAAUCUUGAUUCUGAUGCUGUUUCAAAAACCCUUUACUUUCACUGAUCUGAUGGGACUGACUUUAUCUUCUUCUUGGUCCUCCCCCAAAUGAAGUGGCUGGGCUACAAAAGCCUACAAGGUUCAAAGGGACCUGAAAAAACCUUGUCAGCUGUUCUGUCUUGUCAAAGUUUUCAUGCUACCAUUACAGCCCAAGUGUUUUAGAUUAGUGAUUGGCGUGAUUGUGGUACCUUAUACAUUGAUUUUCACAUACUAUAAAAAUUAGAAUUGCAGUAUCGUCUCUCAUUACCGUUACAUAACAAAACCGCUAAUGCGUGGAACAUUAGAAGUUCUAAAUUAAGAUAAUUAUACUAGGGAACUUUCAAAAACUUUUGAUUUUGUCCUUCUCAACUGCUAGAACCCGACACUUGAAUGUGUGAUUAAUUUGGUAAUUUUGUCGUCCAUGGUGUGAUUAGCACCUAAUUUUGUUGUAUACUAUACCAUACAUUUUCACAACUUUACACAAGCACAUCAUCAUGGUUUGAUAAAGAUGCUUGAACUUUCAGCUUUCUGUUUUUUUGGACCCUUGUCAUUUAACCAACUCACUGUUUGGCAAAUUGGCUAUGAUGAGUCCCCCAAACUCACUAUUCUUGUUCCUUCCUCCAAAGGGCAACUAUUUAUCCUUUCAAAAAUUUAACAGCGUACAUAUAUAUGAAUGAUUCCUCCUACCCUACAAAAAAUAAAUAGAAAGAAAGAAGGGGAAAAGAAGAAGUUGAAUUUUGCAAUAUGUUGUUGUUGUUGUUAUUCACACUCCCUCCACACGCGUGGGUAUUUAAGCAGACCUCAAGUUGUUGUUCUCUUUUCAUUUUAAUUGCAAUUGGAGCUUAAAUAGCUUUUGUUUGCUGCUCUGAGUCAGUUUCUCUGUGUCUUUUUGGACAAUGGAUGCUGGUGGACUUCCCAUGAUGAACUGUCUCUUACAGCACACUCUCAGAAGCUUAUGUAAUCCUACGACUAAUUCAUCAGAUUCUUCUUCCAACUCUUCUUCUUCUUCUUCCAGUUCUUCUUCUAAGUGGGUAUAUUCUGUUUUCUGGAGGAUCCUUCCAAGGAAUUAUCCUCCUCCAAAGUGGGAUCAUGGAGGAAGCAUACUUGAUCGGGCUAAAGGAAACAAAAGGAACUGGAUACUUGUUUGGGAAGAUGGGUUCUGUGAUUUUUGUGAAUGUGAACGGGCUGGAAGUGGAUAUGUAAAAGGAAGGUUUGGAGCUGAUAUUUUCUUCAAAAUGUCUCAUGAAGUUUAUAACUUUGGAGAAGGAUUGGUGGGGAAAGUUGCUUCAGAUAAUAGUCACAAAUGGGUAUACAGAGAUUGUCAAAAUGAAAAUGACCCAAACUUCGUUCCUUCUUGGAGUGUUUCUAUUGAUCCACAACCCAGAGCAUGGGACGCUCAAUUCAGUUCUGGCAUUCAGACAAUUGCAGUUAUAGCAGUAAGAGAAGGCUUAAUUCAACUAGGCUCUUUUCAUAAGGUAAAUGAAGAUCUUAACUUGGUAAUAAGCAUCCAGAGGAAAUUCAGUUACUUGCAAAGCAUACCAGGAAUCUAUGCUAUACAAAGACCAUAUUUACCAAUCCAGCAGAACACACAUACAUUCAGGACCAACCUAAAUGCAACCCAAAUCGCCAUUGAAGCCAAUGAAACAGCGGCUUUUGGAGCUGAGGUUGAUGAUAAACGCCAACUGAUUGGAUCAAAAAGACUUUAUUGUGAUAGACCAGAUGAUUUUUGCCAAGUCAAUAAGUCUAUCAACUUAGGGUACCACCACAGCCCAUAUACUGGCAUCAGUAAUACUACCACUGGACCACCACCACCAGCCUUAUGGUCCAUUCCACCUCUUUUGCCUUCUACAGCUUGCAAUCCUGCCGGAUCAACUUACACUACCAAGAUUCCUUCCAUUUCGCAAUCGUAUAACGCCAUUGAUGCUAAUGAAAAUGCAAGGUUAGAGAAAGAAAAGCCCGGCAUGAAAACUUCCGGGCAGGUUGUUAAUGUCAAUGUUAGUGAAUGCGCCGCGGGUUUAGAAGCUCGAAAAAUCGAUGCUAAAAUGGAGAGUUCUUGUGCAUUAGAGGCAACUCAAGAAGCCAAACCAACAGGAUCAUUAAGCCAUAGUUUAGGAGUCGAAUGUAGGUUGCCGAAACGGACGUUCAGAAUGCAAUCAGAAGAAGAGAGUGCUUUGAACCUCAAUUGAGAGUAUACAGUAUAUAUAAUGCUCAUUCAUUGUUAUCUAUAAUGAUAUCAAGAAAGUCUUAUGCUAAGUGCAAUGCGUAUAUCUUACCUAGUUGAUAAGUUGAAUGUAUAUGCAAUAAUCCAUUUGCAUUCCAAACAUAAAAAAAGAUGAUCUUUUGAGUAACAACUACAGUUGUGCUCAAAUUCUUGAUCAAAAUUUAUUUUCCUAUUAGUCGCGUUAACAUCUUAAUUCAAGGUGUCAAAGUGUCCAUUCGUUAUAAGUUAUUUUGUCUCGUCAAAAAACAAUAAUCAUGUUUACAAUGAGACAAGGGAAACACGUACUGUACUAAGUUGUGAUUUGAAUCUGCAUGUGAUUAUGUAAGACAAAUGCACAUAUAACUAACAUUAAUGAGGAAUCUAAUAUAUUGGGUCAGAAGAUUUAGAGUUGAUUGAUAUAUGCCGCGAUAGGAACGAGGAUGAUAUUGUCUUAUUGUACGAAACUGGUUUAGAAAUGAACAAAUACAGAAGAAGCUGAAUUUAAUGGAGUUGGGGCCAAUUGGAAAUAUCUUGUAGUUUUUUUCAACACAAACACUAUUUAGAAUUAGUAUUAAAAAUCUUCUUUACUGUUGCCGUACCCUAAACUCUGCCAAAAAAAAGAAGAAGAAGAAGA